AUGGCCAAAGGCGGCGGUAAAAACAACGGCGGGGUCCAAAACAGGGCAAUCUACUCCCGCGUCUCCUUCCUCCAGCAAGCCGCCGUUUUUCUAUCCCGGCAGUCCCAGUCACAACACCAGCAACAACAACAAUCACUCCCGUCUUCCACAUCGUCAGCCUUGGCUCCCCUUGUUCCACCACCAACGUCCCUAGAGGGCAUGUCCCGCCGUCUAGCCACCGACCUCCGCUCCGUGUCCCUCAAGACCCGAAUCCGUCUCAGUCCCGCCGUCAAGCGGACCAUCUGCAAGUACUGCGACUCGGUUCUUAUUGACGGGUCAACAUGCACAGCGUUCAUUGAGAACAGGAGCAAGGGCGGGCGCAAGCCGUGGGCAGAUAUUUUGGUAAGGAGAUGUCAUGCGUGCAAGAAGGAGAGGAGGUAUCCAAUUGAGGCGAAGAGGACGAAGCGGAAGACGGAACGUGGGAUAUCGGAAGAAGACGCGGCUGGCGGGGAUGCUAUGGAAGUCGAUGGCCCUCCUGUUGCUGGAAAGGGGAAGGGGCAGAAGCAACAGGGCCAGAAGCAGAAGCAGAAACAGCCGCAGGGUCAGACGGAGGUGGAAGUAGGGGAACAGAAAGGGUGAAUGAGAUCGAGGCUGGACGGCGCUCGACAUGAAAAGAGCGUUGGUCUCAAACUAGACUUAUGCCCAAAUAGCACGACAAGCAUCAUGCUCGAGUUGGUCGGCCAGGUGCGUUGGAAAAGCGCCGACGAGGCUGCAUGUCCCUCUUCAUUGAACACGCCAAGGCCAGGAGAAAAGUUGAAGAGCCUAGCCAAGGUGAGGAUCUUGUGUAUGUCGACUCGGGUCAGUCCCGAGGACAUGGCCUGUCGGAGAGAGUCUGGCGAAAACAUACCGAUGGUAACCGGUUCCGUAACCUGCCGUGGGGUCUCGCGAG